AUGGUGCAGGACAUGUUCGUAGCAGGAUCUGACACAUCAUCUUCAACCGUUAUUUGGGCAUUAACAGAAAUGAUGAAGAAUCCAAAAGUCAUGGCUAAAGCACAAGCUGAAGUGAGAGAAGCUUUUAAAGGAAAGAAAGCAUGUGAUGAGGAUACUGAUCUUGAAAAGCUUCAUUACCUAAAUUUAGUGAUCAAAGAGACACUCCGAUUACACCCUCCAACUCCUCUACUUGUCCCGCGAGAAUGCAGGGAGGAAACAGAGAUAGAAGGAUUCACUAUACCAUUGAAAAGCAAAGUCUUGGUUAACGUAUGGGCAAUUGGAAGAGAUCCCGAGAAUUGGAAAAAUCCUGAAUGUUUUAUACCAGAGAGAUUCGAAAAUAGUUCUAUUGAGUUUACUGGAAAUCAUUUUCAACUUCUUCCGUUUGGCGCUGGAAGACGAAUUUGUCCAGGAAUGCAAUUUGGUUUGGCUCUUGUUACUCUGCCAUUGGCUCAUUUGCUUCACAAUUUUGAUUGGAAACUUCCCGAAGGAAUUAAUGCAAGGGAUUUGGACAUGACAGAGGCAAAUGGGAUAUCUGCUAGAAGAGAAAAAGAUCUUUACUUGAUUGCUACUCCUUAUGUAUCACCUCUUGAUUAA